AUGGAGACAGCUCUGCCCUCCCGGCCCCGCACCCCUGGCGACCAUAACGGCGGCAUCAACACCAGCACCAACAACAGCACCAACGCCGUCAACGCUGCUACGAACAACAAACCGGCUCAGGCAUCGCGACGGACUUCUCUCGGCUUCCUCCGCCGCUCCAAGUCGACGGAGCAGGUCGCAGAGCGCAAGUCGUCCAACAAGAUCAGCAGGAAGAUGCUCAAGGAGCAGGCCAAGGAGGAAGAACUGCGUCGCCAGCGAGAAGCUGCUGCUGUCCCCAAACAUGCGCCGCGCCUGCCGGACCUCUCGCCGCCGCCUCAGCUGAACUCGUUCGGAGGAGAGUCCGCGAGGUCGACCGGCUCGUAUCAAGCAUAUCGACCUGGGAUGAUGGACGUCCCUCCUGUUCCGCCGCUUCCGCCGGGCGCCAGAGCUGCCUUGUCUCGGGAUCCGUACGGCGGUGCAGACAGCAUGGCGCAUCGUGGACGAUAUAGCUAUGCCAGCAGCGCCGUGAGCACUAUCAACAGUCCCAGACGAGUGAGGAGACGGAAAGAUCCCACUCCAUACAAUAUUCUUGUCGUGGGAGGUAAAAACUGCGGCAAGACAUCCUUCCUCGAAUUCCUGCGUAGCUCUCUCGCACUUCCACCGAAUAAACGGCCAACAAAGCUGCCCGACGACCUCGAGCCGCGACCAGACUCGGCUGGAAACUCUCCCUUCAGCUCGCGCUACAUCGAGACCGAGAUCGAUCAUGAACGCAUCGGCCUCACGCUAUGGGACUCGGAGGGACUGCAGAAGAACAUCGUCGACCUGCAGCUGCGUGACAUCACCAGCUUCUUGGAGAGUAAGUUCGAGGACACCUUCGCCGAGGAGAUGAAGGUCGUUCGUGCACCCGGAGUACGCGAUACACACAUUCACUGUGCCUUUUUGAUCCUCGACCCGGCCAGACUCGACGCAAACAUUGCUACCGCUCAGAAGGCGGCUGCUCGUGGUAAACCGUCCAGCCAGAUCAUCGGUGGUCUGGAUACCGAGCUUGAUAUUCAGGUCAUCCGUACCAUGCAGGGUAAGACUACCGUUAUUCCCAUCAUCAGCAAAGCCGACACCAUCACGUCCGCCCACAUGGCAUACCUCAAGAAGACGGUGUGGGAUAGCUUGAAGCAAGCCAAUAUCGACCCCUUGGAGGUUUUGGCGUUGGAUGAACAGGACGAUGAUGCCUCGGAAGAGUUCGACGAACAUGAUGAAGACGAUCUGCUCAAGGAGAUGGACGUCCAUCAUACCAGCAACGAGAGCGAGGAUGCCACUCCCGACCCUGAGGCUGCCGACGCCAGCUUAAAGCCCUCUCACGUCCCCAAGGACACCGCUUCUACUACCUCCGCCGAAGAAGUAGUCACCAACCACACAUUCCCGCUCUCCAUCCUCUCUCCCGACCCGCACACCCUGCACAACAAGAACGAAAAGGUCGGCCGCCGAUUCCCAUGGGGUUUCGCAGACCCUUACGAUCCCGAGCACUGCGACUUUGUCAAGCUGAAGGAUAGCGUGUUCAGCGAAUGGAGAGGAGAUCUGCGUGAAGCCAGUCGCGAGGUAUGGUACGAGAGAUGGAGAACUACCCGUCUUAACCACCAUGCGAGGCAACCGCAUCAUGCCAACGGCGGUGGACGGGUGACGAGAUGA